AUGUUCACCUACUUUAACCUGACAGUUCUGGUGCUUGUGCUGACCAGUCCUGAUCAAGUCUAUGCAGGAAAAAUUAUUGGAGGCCACAAGGCUGUGCCACAUAGCAGGCCAUACAUGGUGCUACUGGAGAUUAAAGAUGACAAUAAUCAAAAAAAAUACUGUGCGGGAUUCCUGCUGAGUGAAGAUUUUGUAAUGACUGCAGCUCACUGCCAAGCCAAGUCCUAUCAGGUUUUCUUGGGGAUGGAUAGUUUUUACGACAAAGAAAAAUAUGUUUUGACAGUGAAACAAGCCUUUCCGCAUGCGGACUACUGUAAACAUUCAUACAAAAAUGACAUCAUGCUGCUGAAGCUAUCUUCCAAGGCAAAUAUCACCAACCAUGUGAAACCUAUUGCUUUGGCAGACCACUUUGAUGCCCCCCUUCCAAAGUCCUGUUCAGUCGCCGGCUGGGGAAAAACAAGCAAUGAGAGUAAAUGGAUGUCCCUUCAACUAAUGGAAGUCAAUGUGAAACUUAUUGAUGACGAGGAGUGUGCUGAAGAAGACAUGUUCUGCUCUGAGGGAAAUAUGGGACCAGGAGGGGGAGACUCAGGAGGGCCACUCGUCUGUGACGAUGAAAAAGCCUAUGGGGUGGUGUCGGCAAGCGUGCCACUAUCUUCUGGUUUCACCCUCUAUAUGUACACUAAAAUACCUGACAACCAAGAGUGGAUAAAUUACUUCAUGAAGUACAUUUAA